AUGGCCACCAUACAAGCCAUCGACGCUCGUUCGGUACGAUAUCCGUUGCCCUCGGAGGUCCGAUUCAAGAACAAUGGACUGGACUUGAUCGAGGUUCAAGACAACGGCAGCGGGAUCUCCCCGGAGAACUACGAGAAUGUCGCUUUGAAACACUAUACCUCCAAGUUGUCAUCAUACGAUGACCUCUCGAGCCUACACACCUUCGGUUUCCGGGGCGAGGCGAUAUCCUCGCUCUGCGCAUUGUCGGACUUCCACAUUGUCACCGCACAAGCUAAGCAAGUCCCUCGCGCAAACCGCCUCGAAUUUGAACAAUCUGGGAAACUCCAAAAGACACAAAUUGUGGCUGGACAGAAAGGAACGACCGCGUCCGUAGAGGGCAUCUUCAAGCGGCUUCCAGUGCGCCGACGCGAGUUGGAGAAGAACAUCAAGCGGGAAUAUGGGAAAGUGUUGAAUCUGCUUCAUGCUUAUGCUUGCAUUAGCACAGGAGUCCGGUUCAGCGUCCGGAACACCGUUGGCAAAACGCGCAAUGUGGUCGUCUUUUCUACGAAUGGAAAUAAAACCACAAAGGAAAACAUUGCCAAUGUGUACGGCGCGAAGACACUUUCUGCAUUGAUACCACUUGAGUUAGAGCUCGAAUUUGAGCCAUCGCCGGCCACUAAACGUGUUGGAGACGAACAAGUCAGUAAGAUCCAGGUUCGGGGCCAUAUCUCUCGUCCUGUCUUCGGCGAGGGACGCCAGACUCCGGAUCGCCAAAUGUUCUUUGUCAAUACGAGGCCAUGUGCCCUACCGCAGAUCCAGAAGGCCUUCAACGAGGUCUACAAGUCGUUUAAUGUGUCCCAGUCGGCAUUUAUCUUUGCGGACUUUCAGAUGGAUACGAAUGCUUACGAUGUCAAUGUUUCACCGGAUAAGCGCCAGAUUCUGCUCCAUGAUGCAGGGCCUAUGAUAGAAACUCUCAAAGUCUCUCUUACACAGCUCUUUGAAGAUGCCGAUCAGACUGUGCCUCAGUCGUCGGUCAAAUCCAAGCCUUUGCCCAAACAGCAAGCCCUAGCGUCGCUUCCAGGAUUCGUCACUGCUCGGGAACUGGCCGAAGGUGGUGACAUAGGGGGUCCGAGUCCAGCCCGGACGAGAGAAAGCCCAGUGGAGACCCCGGAGCCAAGCCAAAGCACAAUCCAGCGUUUCGCGAGCUCACGAGGAGGCUUGACGAGCCCGGCGCAAGUCACCCCAUCACCAGCUCGCUCCCUGAGAACAUCUCGUGCUGCAACAGAUACCUCGUUAGUGACACCGGCCGCAAGCGAGGUAGACAUGCCUGCUGCCGAUGUUUCUGAUAAUGACCUUUUGGUUCCAGAAGCUACCCAGGACCAGCCCGAGCCCGCUCCUGUCGAGCCAUCAUCUCAACCAUCUGCUAUGGAUGAGACCCCCUCUCGUCCUCGGGGGGAUUCAAACGCCACCCCUAGCAUCGUCCAAAAUGCUUUUAAUAGAAUGCGUCCACGCCGAGAACCAGCUGAAUUGGCCACUAUUACCAUCGGUGACCGAACUAUAACUUCCAUGGUCGGUAGUGGUAUUCCACGAAAACGAGUGCCCGAAGAUCCGCCCCUGAUGAGGGAGCCACCUCGCCGGAAGAGGCGGAUUCACACGCCGUCCCGGCCGAACAUAUUUGGAGAACACAUGAAAACAUUUGCUGCGCCUGGGUCGCAGCUAGAUAAUGAAGAAGCGGAAGAGAUCUCUGAUAGUGAAGAAGAAGAGAUUGAAGAAGAGAUUGAAGAAGAGAUUGAAGAAGAGAUUGAAGAAGAGAUUGAAGAAGAGAUUGAAGAAGAGAUUGAAGAAGAGAUUGAAGAAGAGAUUGAAGAAGAGAUUGAAGAAGAGAUUGAAGAAGAGGAUGGUGAUGAAGAUGAGGUCGAAGGCAAUGAAGAAGGCCCAUCAAAUGAAGCUGUGAACACAGAUGAUGCCGAACAAGAAGAAGUCGCGGGUUCUCCAUUAGCCGCAGACGCUGGAGGUAUUGUUCCCCAACGCAUAUCUCAAGCGGAAUCUGCGGAGUCUGGGGCAAACGGAAAGGAGGAUUCUGCAGACAUUGAACUCCGCGAAGCCGAGAAGAAAGCACAAGAGGAAGCCACUGUGCAACAACUGAUCCAGGAAGCCGAGAAAACCGCAGUGCUUCCCCAGGAGAAUAGUUCGAACCGUGCAAAGAAGAUGAACAAGGGCGCUGCGCAUCGCGAUGCGACAGUCCAGCUUGUCGGCACAGCCGACGGUUCUAUCUCACGACUUCAGUCGCAACUCAAAACAUUGCAAAAGACCUUGCAAGUGGGUUCCAAGCAAGCGGAAGAGGAAGACGCCGAUUUUGGCGAGAAGACCGCUGAGGACAAACUUUCCUUGACAGUUAGCAAGGGCGAUUUCGCACAAAUGCGUAUCAUCGGCCAGUUCAAUCUGGGCUUCAUCAUCGCUGUCCGUCCCGGGGAAGAUCACGACGAGCUCUUCAUCAUUGACCAACAUGCCUCCGAUGAAAAGUUCAAUUUCGAGCGCCUGCAAGCUGAAACCGUCGUGCAAAACCAACGCCUUGUACGCCCACAGCGGCUUGAUCUCACUGCCGUUGAAGAAGAGGUUGUCCUUGAGAAUCGCGACGCCCUCGAGAAAAACGGGUUCGUUGUCACUAUCGACGAAAGCGGCGACGAGCCUAUCGGUCGUCGGUGCCAGUUAAUCUCGUUACCGCUAAGCAAGGAAGUGGUGUUCGGCGUACGCGAUCUCGAGGAAUUGAUAGUAUUGCUGUCGGAGUCAAUCUCAACAUCUAAUGAAUCGUCAGUGCCACGGCCAAGCAAAGUGCGCAAAAUGUUUGCUAUGCGAGCUUGUCGCUCGAGUAUUAUGAUCGGGAAAACCUUGACAGCCCGUCAAAUGGAGCGAGUCGUUCAGAACAUGGGCACUAUCGACAAACCAUGGAAUUGUCCCCAUGGUCGACCCACCAUGCGGCACCUCAUGAGUCUAGGUCAGUGGGAAGAAUGGAACGAAUAUGAGGAAAGCGCAGGCCUCGAUCCGUGGAGACAAUACUUAGGCGCAGAAGAUGAAGAUGAAGUGGAAGAAGACGAAGAAUAG